AUGAUGAAUUCAUAUAUGAAACAACUGCAUUUAGCAAUUAUAUAUUUAAUACUAUUUUCGAUUGAAAAAUGUCUCACAUUGAAUAUAUGUCCAACGGCGAUUUGGCAGAAUAAUGCAACAACAAUUGUUGAUUCAACAAAUCUUAACAGUCCUAGAGAUGUAUUUAUUGGCCAAAAUAAUAUUAUGUAUGUCAUAGAUACUGGAAAUUAUUGUGUAAAACGUUUUUCUCCAAAUUCAACUAUUGGAACAAUAUUUAUUAAUGGUACUAAUGGACCAUUAUUCAAUCAAUUGUCCUACUUCUCUGCUGUUAGUGGCGAUCUGAAUGGAAGUAUCUAUAUUCUUGAUAGAGGUAAUACUCGUGUGACUAAAUGGACAUCUGAUGGUAUAAAUGGAAUAGUCGUUGCUGGAGGAAAUGUAACUGGUAAUGCUGCAAAUCAAUUGAAUUAUCCUUCUGGAAUAUUUCUUGAUGUAAAUACAUUAUUUAUUUGGAUAGCUGAUACAGGAAAUAGCAGAAUAGUUAGAUGGGAAUCUCCAUCGACAGGUAUUAUUGUUUGUGGAAGUAAUGGAACAGAUUCGAAUCAAUUUUUUAAACCAUUUGGAUUAUUUGUUAAUACAAGUGAUUCAAACACAUUUUAUGUUGCAGAUACAUAUAAUCAUCGUGUUCAAAUGUGGUUAUCAGGAGCUAAUAAUGGAACAACAAUUGCUGGACGAACAGGUAUAUCUGGUAGUGAUCUUAGUCUACUAUAUUAUCCAACAUCCAUUCUUGGAGAUACAAAUCGAAAUAUAUAUAUAUUGAAUUUUGGAACUGGUUCUAUUGUGAAAUGGGCAAUAGGGUCAACAUCUGGUGUACUCAUUGUUGGAACUUUAUCAAUCGGUGUAUCAUCAAAUCAAUUGUAUAAUCCAUACAAUUUCAAAUUUGAUUCAAUUGGCUCUUUUAUUGUUGCUGAUACUAGCAAUAAUCGUAUACAAAAUUUCUCCAUUGUUUGCACAAAUAUAACGAGUACAACACGACAAACAACGGUGAUUAAUAAUCCAACAUCAUCAUCAUCGAUAACUAGUCGCACAUCGAUUUCAACAUCAACAACACAUUUCUUCAGUUCGGUCAAAAUUUCAAAUUCAUCGACAAUAAUCUUACGAACAACAACUGAACGAGUAUCAUCUAUUUCUAUUGAUUAUGGCCCUCGAUUGUUAUUGAUAAUAUUUUGUUCAAUUAUUAUUUUAAUGAAUAACUAA